AUGCACCUUGCAGAGUAUCUUUUCCGCCGUCUCCACCAGAUUGACAUCCGAGCUGUUUUUGGAGUACCAGGGGAUUUUAAUCUGCAGGCUCUAGACUACCUCGAGGAUUGUGGCCUUGACUGGAUCGGCAAUGUGAACGAGCUUAAUGCUGGUUACGCAGCAGAUGGGUACGCCCGUGUGAAGGGUAUCUCUGCGAUCGUUACCACCUUUGGCGUUGGAGAGCUGUCUGCUUUAAAUGCGCUUGCUGGUGCCACAGCGGAAUUAGUCCCCGUAAUCCACAUCGUCGGGUUUCCGUCGACUACUGCUAAGAAAAACAAGCUCCCCAUACAUCAUACAUUGGGAAAUGGUGACUAUGAUGUAUUCAUGGAAAUGAGCGCUCGUAUCUCCAGCGCAGUGGCUAUAUUGGACAAUCCAGCGAAGGCACCCAAACUCAUCGACGACACAAUCAUUGAGUGUUACCGUUCUAGCAAGCCUGUCUAUAUUGGCUUACCAAUGGAUCUUGUGGGGAAAGAUGUUGAUUCAUCGUCCCUCGCUCAGACUCUGGCUCUUGAAAAGUCUCCCUCAGAUCUGGCGGCGGACCAAGAUAUUGUCAUAAACAAAAUCCUUGAGCGUCUUCAGACAGCUCAAAAUCCAAUGAUUGUGAUUGACAGUCUUGCUGGCAGAUACCAGAACUUGCAUUCUACUCGAGCUUUCGUCGAAAAAUCCAAUCUGCCGUGCUUUGUGUUCCCAAUGGCUAAGGGUAUUGUCAAUGAAGAUAUUCCCAAUUUCCGAGGAAUUUUCUCAGGGAAUGUUUCCGUACCUGGAGCUCUUGAACAACUUCACUCCAGUGACUUGGUUCUUCUCAUCGGGUCACGCCCUACCGAUAUCAACACUGCGGGGUUUAGAUCCGAUCUCUCAAGUAUAGAGACCAUCUCUCUCCAGAGAAAUUCAGUGAGACUCGAGAAUAGGGAGUUCCAGGGUAUCUGUCUGAACUCAGUUCUGGAAAGGCUCUCUGACGCUAGUUUUCUGAUAAGAUCAAACUCUAUAUCAUCUUCUUCAGGCAAUGAACAUUCACCACAAAAUUCGAGUCUUGGCACUCCACAAAGCCCAGGAACUCCACCUGAUCUGAAUAUGGAGGAAACUGUACAGAAGCUUCUGGGUAAUAGAUUGAAAUCAAGCCACGCGAUAACCCAUGACUUUCUUUGGGAAAGGAUGAGCUCAUGGCUUGAGGAGGAUGAUAUCCUUUCUCUCGAUCUAGGAACAGCAGCAUUUGGUCCUUUAUGGUCUCAAUACCCUCGUGGUGCCACAUCACUUGUGCAGCUACUAUGGUGUUCUAUUGGAUUUGCACUCGGUGCCGCUGUCGGAGCAGCAAUCGCAGUACGCGAGCAAGAGCAAGAGACCAAGCCAUUGAGGAAAAAGAGAACCAUUCUGUUUACUGGAGAUGGAAGCCUUCAAAUGACAGCCCAAGAAUUGAGUACCAUGAUUCGACAGAAGCUUGGAGUGAUCAUCUUUGUGAUAUGCAACGAGGGUUACACGAUCGAGCGCUAUGUUCAUGGGUGGGACAAGAGCUAUAAUGAUAUCCAAACAUGGGAUUAUCAACUUCUCCCUCAAGUUUUCAACCCAGAGCCAGGUACUCUGCGUACAUUCAGCGUCAGGACGAAGGCCGAGCUUGAGAUGGUUCUGUCUGAUUUCCAGUUUGGACCAGCAGAUAAUUUUGAUAAAGAUCCGCCCCUUCGUCUCGUGGAAAUUCACGUCGAUAAAUAUGAUGCCCCAGAUUCGUUGAAGCGGAUGAUCAAUGAGAUCAAGAACCCCAACUAA